UCCGAAUGAUAAUUGACACAGGCGCAACAACAACUGUAAUCCCAGAUUUUGUAAGAAAAAAACUUAAUGCUCAAGAUGGUUGGAAUGUAAGUGCUAGUAAAUGCUGACGUAAAAAUUUUUAAGGCCUCAAGAGACUGGGUCAUUUGUGAUGGGACAAAGGUCUGGUUGGGUUAAAACGAGAUUCAUUCAUGAUGGUGUCACAAAUGAUGUAAUCGGUUACGACGUAUUAAAUAAUAUUCCCCAUUAUAAACCAUGCAGGAAACCAUAUAUAUAUAUAUAUAUAUAUCUUCAAAAUGAUAUUUUCAACAACAUACAACAAUCACUACAAGCUGUAUGAAUAUUC